AUGUAUGUUUUGAAUGAUGAGUGUGCAUAAAUGUAUGUUAAUUAAAUAAUAAUUAGUGAUAUUUGCAAUUUUAAAACGAAGAAUUUUUAUUCCGUUUUUGACAUUAAUAAAUUAAUUAUGAGAACUUUUGUUGCCCUUUGCUUAGUGGCUGCCGUCUUCGCUAUUGACACAAACAAAUUUGCUGUGCUCCUCCAAGCCGGUACUAAAGGAAAUGAUGCUGUUGAAUCAGUUUACAACCUCUUGAGAGAUUUGAAGACAGAAAAUGUUAAUGUCUAAGCUGCUGCCGACAGAAAGAAUAACACUGAUGAAGGUAUUAUUUAAAAUUAGACUUAGAAAUCUUUACUUAGGUCAUUGGUGACUUGACAAAUGUUGCUUCCCUUAACAAAUAACAAUGGGAGUCAUUAGGUGCUGUUCGUACUGAUGUUGAAGCCCAAAUCAGAGUAUGCUAUUUCCCUUUAAAAUUUAGGAUGGAUAUUCAUGGUUAGCAUGGGCUGAAGCAAGACUUGCUGAAAUCGAAAGAAGAAAUGCUUAACUUUAAGACUAAAGAUGUUGGGCCAAUGGACUCUUUGUCAGAUCAUUAGCUGAUCAUGCAGAUGCAGUUGCAGUUGUCUAACUCUUAUAACAAGAUGUUGCUGGAUGGCUCACAAACAAUGCUGGUGUUGAAUUAGUUCAAAAGGCUGAAACCAUCGCCGACAAAUUGUCAGCAUACAGUCACCUCUUCUAAUAAGAUGCUAUCUAGAAAUUCUAAUCCCUUGCUGAAGUCAAGAGAGAUGGCACAACUGGAGAACAAGUCCUUUCCAUCUUAGCAGACUUAUAAGCUGAAUUAGAAGGAACACUUGCCACACUCUAAGAAUAAGAAAUCCAUGCUGCUUUCGCUCUUGCCAAAUAUGUUUCAGAUACUAAUGCUGAAGUUGCUUGGUUGAAUUCAGAACAUGAAAGAAGAACAGGCUUAGUUGAAAAAUUAGAAACUGUAUGCAUUCAUUAAAUAAUUUGAUUAGUAACUCCCAGCAGUUCUUGCUUAAUAAGCAAAAGCACUCAAAUUAUGGAAAGAUUCCUUGAAUGCAGUUGCUGGAGCCACAGCUGAUUUGGAAGAGAAAAGAGAAUUCUAUGCUUCAGAAACAGCAAGAAGAUAAGGUAUCUAUCCUCAUCUAAUUUAUUUUAGAGGAAAACGCCAUCAUCGAUGUUGUUAUCUAAUUAUUCAAAGAUCAAGUUAGAGCCUUAGCUUCAUAAACAUCCCUUGGUAGAAAGUGAUUAGAUUAUAAAAUAUUCAAUUUAAAAAUAUCCACCAAGUU